AUGAUUGAUGACAUGAAGUGCACAAACUGCUGGGCGAACCUGGCAGCGGCUGCUGGACCCUCAUUCUGGCUGGGGAACGAGACCCUGAAGGUGCCGCUGGCUCUGUUUGGCCUGAAUUGGCGGCGAAUGUGCCAGCAGCUACUGAAGAAUACGGUGGUGCCGGCUGGUGCGGUGAUGCUGCUGCAGGGCGGCAAGGAGACGCAGCGCUACUGCACGGACACCGGGCUCCUCUUCCGCCAGGAGUCCUUCUUUCACUGGGCGUUCAUUGUUACAGAGUCAGGCUGCUACGGCGUGGUGGAUGUUGACUCUGGCAGGUCGACCCUGUUUGUGCCCAGGCUUCCUGCCAGCCAUGCCAUGUGGAUGGGGAAGAUCCAUUUUGAGGAGCACUUCCCCGAGAAGUAUGCUGUGGACACCGUCCAGUACACAGAUGAAAUCACCAGUGUCCUCAUGGCCUGGAACCCCUCUACCGUCUUCACUUUGCACGGUGUCAACAUGGGCAGCUGCAGCAUUUGCAGGGAGGCAUCUUUCGAGGGCAUCGGCAAGUUCAAUGUCAACAACACCAUCCUUCAUCUGGAGAUCAUGGAGUGCCGAGUGUUUAAGACCGACAUGGAGCUGGAGGUUUUGUGCUACACCAAUAGGAUCUCCAGUGAGGCCCACCAAGAGGUAAUGAAGGCCAUAAAAGUGGAAAUGAAAGAAUAUGAGAUGGAAAACCUCUUUGAGCACUACUGCUACUCCCGGGGCGGCAUGCACCACAGCUCCUACACCUGCAUUUGUGGCAGCGGCCAGAACUCUGCUGUGCUGCAGUAUGGACACGCUGGGGCCCCCAAUGACUGCAAGAUCCGCGAGGGAGGCAUGAGUCUCUUCAACAUGGGUGGGGAGUACUACUGCUUCUCUUCCGACAUCACGUGCUCCUUUCCCGCCAAUGGCAAGUUCAUCGCGGACCAGAAGGCCAUCUACGAGGCUGUGCUGUGGAGCUGCUGCACUGUCAUGAGUGCCAUGAAGCCAGGUGCCUAGUGGCCCGACAUGCACCGCCUGGCCGACCACAUGCACCUGGAGGAGCUGACUUGCAUCGGCAUCCUGAGUGGCAGUGUGGAUUCCAUGGCCGAGGCCCACCUGGGAGCUGUGUUCAUGCCCCACGGGCUUGGCCACUUCCUGGGCAUCGAUGUGCACGAUGUGGGCGGCGGCUACCCUGAGGGCGUGCAGCACGUCGAUGAGCCCGGGCUGCGGAGACUGCGCACCGCCCGGCACCUGGAGCCAGGCAUGGUGCUCACCGUGGAGCCAGGCAUUUACUUCAUUGACCACCUCCUGGACGAGGCCCUGGUGGAUCCGGACUGUGCCUGCUUCUUCAAGCUUGAGGUCCUCCAGCGCUUUCCCGGCUUUGGUGGGGUCAGAAUUGUGGACGACGUUGCAUUGACCUACAGUGGCAUGGAGCUGCUGACCUGUGCGCCCCGCACCAUGGAGGAAAUCGAAGUGUGCAUGGCAAGCCAUGACAAGACCCUCACCCCCUUCUCUAGCCCAAAGUGGAGCCAGCCAGGAGUGCCCAGCGGGACUGGGGCCCGGCCUUGCAACCUCUCUUGACAAGGGUCACCUGCCAAUUGCUGGCCCUUCAGCAGAGAGAGGCAGUGCUCAGAUAUCCCGGCUUCAGCAUCUAAUCCUGCCACACAGUGCUGUUUCCAAGGGGAAAGCUCUUCUUCAUUAACAUUCUGCAAGAUCACUUUACUUAAAUAACAACUUUUAAAACUGAGUGAAAAUGAUCCUUUUUUUCCAGCAAUUAAGACAUGCCUUCCCUCUUUUAUAUUCCUUUUCCCAGGAAAGAUAUGUUACCAGGGUUUUCUCUCAACAAUCAAUAUGCAGAACGGAAUUUGCAAUAAAAGUCUUCCUAAA